CAUUCUCCUGGAAACCUACCCAGAAACUCCACCCUCCGACACCAUGAACAACUCCUGCUGUGGCUCUGUCUGCUCUGACCAGAGCUGUGGUCAAGAUCUCUGCCAGGAGAGCUGCUGCCGCCCCAGCUGCUGCCAGACCACCUGCUGCAGGACCACCUGCUGCCGCCCCAGCUGCUGCAUUUCCAGUUGCUGCAAGCCUUCCUGCUAUAUCUCCAGCUGCUGCAGACCCAGCUGCUGCCAGAACACCUGCUGCAGGACCACCUGCUGCCGCCCCAGCUGCUGUAUCUCCAGCUGCUGCAAGCCCCAGUGCUGCCGGCCCACCUGCUGCCGCCCCAGCUGCUGCAUUUCCAGUUGCUGCAGGCCUUCCUGCUGUAUCUCCAGCUGCUGCAGACCCAGUUGCUGCCAGACUUCCUGUUGCAGGACCACCUGCUGCCGCCCCAGCUGCUGUAUCUCCAGCUGCUACAGGCCCCAGUGCUAUCAGUCUGUGUGCUGCCUGCCCACCUGCUGCCAGCCCUCCUGCUGUAUUUCCAGCUGCUGUAGACCCAACUGCUGGGCGUCCGGCUGCUGCCGCCCUUCCUGCUGCCAGACCACCUGCUGUAGAACAACCUGCUUCCGCCCCAUCUGCUGUGGCAGUUCUUGCUGCUGAGUGACCUGCUCUGGAUUUGUGCACCUUCUUUCCCCCAUCCUUCAGUUCAGGCAGAAAGUGUCUUUUCAGAGAACUUGGGGACUUCCUGAUGUCAUGAAAACAGAGGCACGGACUGAUUUGAAAAAGCUCAGUCUCUUUAUUAGUAUUUAUUCUCUUUUAUAGAAGCUUUUUAUUACUAUUGAAUCUGAAUUUACAGGCAAAUUCCACAUCACAUGUUUUAGAAUCCUUUAUUCUAAUUCAAUAUAUGUAAAACUUCAAAUGUUACCCUUCUAGAUGUUUCUUUCUAAUGUUAUUCUGUUGAAUCAAUUUUUAUGUGGAAUUGUUUGAUGUUCCUCAAUAAAACUUCAUAGUGUUCAAAAGCA